AUGUGGGGCUUCGCGGGAGGCAGGAUCUUCGGGCUCUUCUCCGCUCCCGUGCUGGUGGCCGUGGUGUGCUGCGCCCAGAGCGUGAACGAUCCCGGCAACAUGUCCUUCGUGAAAGAAACUGUGGAUAAAUUGCUGAAAGGCUACGACAUCCGCCUCCGCCCGGAUUUUGGAGGUCCCCCCGUCUGCGUUGGCAUGAACAUUGACAUCGCCAGCAUCGACAUGGUGUCCGAAGUCAACAUGGAUUACACCUUAACUAUGUAUUUUCAACAAUACUGGAGAGAUAAGAGACUAGCUUAUGCUGGAAUACCUCUCAAUCUUACCCUUGAUAAUCGAGUGGCUGAUCAACUCUGGGUGCCUGACACUUACUUUUUAAAUGACAAGAAGUCAUUUGUGCAUGGAGUUACAGUGAAAAAUCGAAUGAUCCGCCUUCAUCCAGAUGGAACAGUGCUUUAUGGCCUCAGAAUCACGACUACUGCUGCUUGUAUGAUGGACUUGAGAAGAUACCCACUGGAUGAACAGAACUGUACUCUGGAAAUUGAAAGCUAUGGCUAUACCACAGAUGACAUUGAGUUUUACUGGAGAGGUGGAAAUAAUGCAGUCACUGGUGUAGAGAGAAUUGAGCUUCCUCAGUUCUCCAUUGUAGAACACAGACUGGUGUCAAAGAAUGUUGUCUUUGCCACAGGUGCCUAUCCAAGACUGUCACUGAGCUUUAAGUUGAAGAGAAACAUUGGAUACUUUAUUCUUCAGACCUACAUGCCCUCAAUACUGAUUACCAUUUUAUCAUGGGUGUCAUUUUGGAUCAAUUAUGAUGCAUCAGCAGCACGAGUUGCCCUUGGAAUUACAACUGUGCUGACUAUGACAACAAUCAACACACAUCUCCGAGAGACUUUGCCUAAAAUUCCUUAUGUUAAAGCCAUUGACAUGUAUCUUAUGGGUUGCUUUGUAUUUGUCUUCUUGGCCUUACUUGAAUACGCCUUUGUCAACUACAUUUUCUUUGGAAAAGGCCCACAAAGACAGAAGAAGCUUGCAGAAAAGACAGCAAAGGCAAACAAUGAUCGUUCAAAAUUUGAAGGCAGCCGGGUGGAUACCCAUGGAAAUAUUUUGCUAACAUCGCUUGAAAUCCACAACGAGGUAGCAAGCAAUGAAGUUACAACUAGUGUUACUGAUGCUAGAAAUUCAACAAUGUCCUUUGACAACUCAGGAAUCCAGUACAGAAAACACAGCUCACAUCGGGAAAGCUUUGGAAGGCGUACAAUGGACAGAACGGGCCCCCACAGCAAGAGGGGUCAUUUACGAAGAAGGUCUUCACAAAUGAAAAUAAAAAUCCCUGAUCUAACUGAUGUGAAUGCCAUAGACAGAUGGUCAAGGAUGGUGUUUCCGUUCACAUUUUCUCUUUUCAACUUAAUUUACUGGCUAUACUAUGUUAACUGA